AUGCCCCUCACUCGUGAACAACUAGUCGACCUCACCCUCACGGACAUCCGAGAGCCCAUCGCGGCUGAGCUCAUGGCCAAGGCGGUUACGGCGCCGCCGUUCGUCACUGGCGCGCCGCGGAUCCUGAACCUCCGUGACCUCGGCGGUGCGCCUGGCUCCCGUGUGCGUCCUGGGCUCGUGUACCGUUCCGCGACGCUGGCUGGCGAGACACCCAAGGAUACUGCCGAGAGCAUCGAAUGGCUGUCCAAGAACGUGCGCAAGGUGUAUGAUUUGCGUCGGGAGAAGGAGCGCGAAGCCAGUCCCGAUCCGGACGCCGUAGGCGUCGAGAACUUCUGGCGCCAACCGAGCUCGGCGUACGGUGCGCCCCGCCCUGACUUGUUCACAAUUGGCGACGGCACCGUCGGGUGGAAACACCAGUACAUGGUCAUUGCGGCUGGGUACCGCGAGACGUUCCGUAAUGUGCUUGAGCAUAUCCGCGACCGACCUGAUGUCCCGAUCCUCAUCCAUUGCACAGCCGGACGCGAUCGGACUGGCGUGCUCUCCGGCUUGCUCCAAGCGCUGGCGGGUACUUCGCCAGACGACGUCAAGCUCGACUACAUGCUGUCGCGCGUUGGCAUCGAGACCCAACGUGAGCGCUUGCUUAGCGUCAUCAUGGCAGGCGUUGGCUCUCACUUUAACGGUCCUGAUGACCCGGGACUGUACAACCUGUCUUCACUGCGGCCUCAGUUCUGGACUGCUUUCCUCGAGGGUCUCGAGGACAAGUAUGGCGGGUGGGAGGGCUAUGCAACGUCGCAGGACGGGCUGGGUUUCAGUGCCGCUGAUCUGGACCAGAUCAGGCGCAACCUUCGGGGAGAGGACGUGCGGAGCCGUCUUUAA